CAUCGGUCGAUCUCGUAUCGAUAAGGUGUCUACAAGGAAGCGGCUAGAAGCUGCUCCUCUCCUCCCCAUCCUCCUCCCUUCCCCACCUCACCGACUACCAGCCAUUCAUCCAUGGCUCAGCUCCUCCCUCUCUCCUCCGCUGCUCCCAGCUUCCGUCUCGCCGCGACGCCAGGCAAUGGUGUCCCCCGGUUGUCCGUGACGUCAGCCCGCUCUGCUGCUCUGAGCAGGAGGAGCAUGAGGCUCAAGUCCCUGCGCGUCAGGUGCGAGCAGGGGUCCAAGGGCGGCCCCGGGCUGGACGUGUGGCUCAGCCGCGGCGCCAUGCUCGCCUUCUUCGGGGCGGUCGGCGUGGAGCUCACUACCGGCAAAGGGGUGCUUCAGAACGUAGGGCUGAUGGCGCCGCUGCCGGCGUUGGCGCUGGGGCUCACCGGAGUGGUCGGGGUCGUCACCGCAUUUAUCAUCUUCCAGUCUGGAUCGUCGGAUUGAUCAAUCGCUCCAUGUUAAUUUGCGCUGCUGUGAGAAAGGAAAAAAAAAUAUCUCGAGUUGUCUUUCUUGCUUCCCAAAGGCGUCUAUGAAUUACUCUCGUUCAGUGGCGGGCAUGGCAUAUUUUGUACUAUUAGCAUGUAGUAGCGUAUUAAGUAUUACUAUAACUUAAUAAUGACCAAUCUAAAUUGUUGAUUCCUUA